AUCCACAGCCACAAUCGAUCCCUCUCUCCUCUCCUGUUUAGGGGCCUUUUCUUAAUUCCUCUGAAGAGGGUCCUCUCUCCUUUUCCUCUCCAGGAUUCUGGAAUCUUACAGGAAUUAUUCUUUUAUUUCUUUUAUCUUUGUAUUGUUUUUUUUUUUUUGUACAGAUUUUAGAUCAUAACUUUUCUUAGAUUUAGAUUCUUAUAGUAGAAAGAAGCACAAGAACAAGACCAAGACCAGGCCUUUUUAAUUUCUUUUCUUGGAUUUAAAUCAUAUACCAAUCAAUCAUGACUUCACUCAUCAACAUUGAUGCUCUCCAACAACAGCAACAACAACUUCCCAACUCACUUUCCCAUUUAUCCGUUCAAGAUCAGGUAGAAGUGCAGACUGAGGUGAAGGUUCAUGAAAAUCCAUGUGGGAAUCAUGGUGGUGUUUGUGCCAUUUGCUUGGAUAAGAUUGUGCUUCAGGAAACUGCUCUUAUCAAAGGUUGCGAGCAUGCCUAUUGUGUGAUGUGCAUCCUUCGAUGGGCCACAUACAGUCAGAAACCAACCUGCCCUCAGUGCAAACAUCCAUUUGAGUUCCUUAAUGUUCAUCGUUCACUUGAUGGCAGCAUCCAGGAUUACAUGUUUGAGGAGAGUGUGUGUCUUCUUCUUAGAGCUGCGUGGUUUAAUCCUUUGAUUGUGGAGAGUCAUGAAGAUGCAUAUGAUGACUUGGACGAUUAUUAUGUGUAUGGAUAUGGGGAUGAUGACGAUGACGAUGAGGAUGAUCUAGCGGAUGUCUACUUAAGCAGUUCGUCAAACCUUCGUAUCGGUAAUCGGAAGUGGGGAGACAAUGGUUAUGUCAGGUCAGGGCGUCAAGAAGCAAGGCCAGCUUAUAGACCAAACGUCCAGGAUUCUGGUGCUGGUUCAUCAUCAUCCGAACCUAAAAAGAAAGAAACUGCAAGGGAUAGGACGGGUCGACGCGCAAAGAGGACACUUAAGCGGGAAGCUGCUGACAAGGCAGCCGCAGCAAAACACCAACAGCAUUUGGCAAGGUUUGGGCGAAAGUGAGUCUCUCUCGGUGCCUCUGUAUGUAAUUCAUAAUCCAGAAACCAUAAUCUGGUCUUUGUACAGUAUCUCCUCAACUUUGUGAAAAUAAUGACAUGGUAGUUUGGUUAGGAUGGUGGAAUUUACAGGGUUGCUGUCUGUAUCAUUCAAAAUUUGAUUCACAUCUUUAAUUGCAGAAUCUGGUUCCGAUCUUAUCAUGGCUGCUUUCAGCCUGAUUUAACUGUACAUUAUAAACGUUUUAUGUUCACAGGCCAUUGUCAGGCAAUUGAUGCUUA